CCUCUGAGGUGGGGAAAUGAAGAUGUCUUCUCAACCACGCAGGACAUCUUCCCGCCGAAUGGAGAGUCCCUUUUCGCGGGGCUUCCUUGGGGUGCUUUUGCUGGCCCUAGAGCUCCUGCUACCCACAUGCUCAGAUGCCUGUGAUGACUCACCAAGAUACCAAUCGAUGAAAAUAAAAGGUAUUCCUCAACCCCCUUAUAGCGCUGGGCAGAAAAUAGUAUAUGAGUGUCGCCCAGGAUACAAGCGUAUUGUUCCUGCUCUUCCUGUCGAAGCUGUGUGUCAGGCUGAUGGCACAUGGGCUCCUGCUCUCCAGGAGGCUUGCACAAGAAAGACAUGUCAGCAGAUAGGAGAACCUGCAAAUGGUGAAUUAAUCUAUGCAAAUGGAACUAGAGAGUUUGGCUCACAAGCUCACUUCACAUGUCAUGAUGGUUAUUAUUUAAUCGGACCAAAAAUUCUAUACUGUGAACUCGCUGGAGAUUCUGUGGAAUGGAGUGAUAAUCCACCAGCUUGUGAACGGAUUUUGUGUAAACCACCUGCAAAAAUACCAAAUGGAGAUUUCACUGGUAGCUACAAGUUUGAAUUUGAAUACUAUGAAAUAGUAACUUACAGAUGUAGGCCUUCCGGUGGACCAGAUGAGUAUUCGCUUGUUGGAGAGAAACAGCUUACCUGUGUUGGGCCUGACAAAUGGAGUGGUGAGCCUCCUGAGUGUAAAGUGGUCAAAUGUGACUUUCCAGCAGUCCAGAAUGGAAAAAUGGUGUCCGGAUUUGGACCAAAAAUUCUAUACAAAGCAGAGGUUACAUUCGAAUGCGAUGCGGGAUUUCAGCUAGAAGGCAGCAACACUAUUGUCUGUGGAGCUGACAACACUUGGAAGCCAGAGAUCCCAAAAUGUAUUAAAGAAUCCUGUGAUGACCCACCAACAUACCAAUCAAUAGAAACAAAGAAUCCUUAUAGACCUCCUUAUACUGCUGGGACAAGAAUACAAUAUGAGUGUCGCCCAGGAUACAAGCGUAUUGUUCCUGCUCUUCCUGUUGAAGUUGAGUGUCAAACUGAUGGCACGUGGGCACCUGCUCUCCAGGAGGCUUGCACAAAAAAGGCAUGUCUAAAGAUAGGAGAACCUUCAAAUGGUGAAGUAAUCUACGCGAAUGGAACUAUAGAGUUUGGCUCACAAGUUCACUUCACAUGUCAUGAUGAUUAUUAUUUAUUCGGACCAAAAAUUAUAUAUUGUGAACUCUCUGGAGAUAAAGUGCAAUGGAGUGAUAAUGUACCAACUUGUCAAAGGAUUUUGUGUAAACCACCUGCAAAAAUACCAAAUGGAGAUUUCAGCAAUAGUCACAAGGUUGCAUUUGUAUACCAUGAAACAGUAACUUACAGUUGUAAGCUUUCCGGUGGACCAGAUGAGUAUUCGCUUGUUGGAGAGAGACAGCUUACCUGUGUUGAGCUUGACAAAUGGAGUGGUGAGCCUCCUGAGUGUAAAGUGGUCAGAUGUGAAUUUCCAUCAGUCACUAAUGGAAAGCUUGUGUCAGGAUUUGGAACAAAAUUUUACUACAAACAUGAGGUUCAAUUUGAAUGCAACGAGGGUUAUUCCCUUAAAGGCAGCCCCAAAAUUGUCUGUGAAGCUAAUGCCACCUGGGUACCCGAGAAGCCUCGCUGUGAUAAAGAUGCCUGUGAUGAGAUACCAAGAUAUGUCUCUAUGAAACCCAAGGGUAAUCCUGAGGCCCCUGUAAGUGCUGGGUUCACAGCAGAAUAUGAGUGUCGCCCAGGAUACAGGCUUAUUGUGCCUCUUGUUCGUCCCACCUCUACUGUUUGUCAGGCUGACGGCACAUGGGCACCUCCUCUCCAGGAAAUUUGUACAAGAAAAUCAUGUCCACAUCCAGGAGACCCCUUAAAUGGCCGUGUUGAAGGAAGUACUCAGUUUGGUUCACAGAUGAACUAUUUUUGUAAUGAGGGUUAUGACUUAGUUGGAAAUUCAGUUCUGCGUUGUGAACUUUCUGGAAAUGAAGUGGCUUGGAGUGGUGACCCCCCACAGUGUAACAAGAUUUUGUGUAAACCACCUCCACAAAUACAAAAUGGAGAAUUCACCAAUAGCCACAAGGAUACAUUUGAAUAUAAUGAAGUAGUCACUUACAGCUGUAAGCCUUCCGGUGGAUCAGAUCCAUAUUCCCUGGUUGGAAAUAGCACACUGAGAUGUUCUGGGCGAGACAAAUGGAGUAGUGACCCUCCUGAGUGUAAAGUGGUCAGAUGUGAAUUUCCAUCAGUCACUAAUGGAAAGCUUGUGUCAGGAUUUGGAACAAAAUUUUACUACAAACAUGAGGUUCAAUUUGAAUGCAACGAAGGUUAUUCCCUUAAAGGCAGCCCCAAAAUUGUCUGUGAAGCUAAUGCCACCUGGGUACCCGAGAAGCCUCGCUGUGAUAAAGUGGUGACUCCUCCUCCUCCCAGUACCACAACUCCGAUUUUGAGUCCUUCAGUGUCAACUCCUCCCAGCACAAAACCUCCAAUUUCCAGUGUCACAGGUGUCAAGCCUAGUCCACCAACCAAGCCUCCAGUUUCAAGUAGUCCAGGAGGUUCCACUCCUGAUCCUGGUGAAACACCAUCUAAACCAUUAGGUGGUGGAGCCAUUGCUGGGAUUGUUAUUUGUGUAUGUGUUUUCUUGGGACUCAUUGCUGGCUGCUGUGUGUACCUUCAAAAGAAGAAGAAGAAAGGGGAAACAGAAGGCACUGCGGCCUACAGCACAUACCAGAAUAAAUCAAGCACUCCAGCACAGCAGAUACUCUGAUUGGCUUUCCAGAAGCUCCACCACUGCAUCUUUUUCUUUUCAAAUGUCAAGACCCACAUUUAAAUUCGUAUGACUACUAUGCAAAAUAGCCCUCAACUGUCAGAACUGGAGCCACCUAUGAUCUUACGGGAAUUUAUCUGAGUAAACGGAAAGCACUAUGUGGGCGAGAUAACCUGCCCCUCCCUCUUUGUAGCAGCAUUAUUUACAAUAACGAAGACAAGGAAACAAUCUGAAGUGUCCCACACCUGCUCGGUGGAUACAGGAGAUGUCUGCAUGUACAGUGAAACACUAUUCAGUCAUAAAAAAGGAAAUGCUGCUAUUUGCAGCGUGUAUUGGCCUUCAGGACAGUUUGCUAAGUGAAGUAAGUCAUACAUAUGGAGAGACAAAUACUGUUUGAUCUCCCUUAUAUGUAGAAUCUAUUUAAAAUAACUCAUCAAAGAAGAAAUCAGAUUUGUGGGUGGUGGGGUGAGAGAAUUGGAUGAAGGUAGUAGUCACAAGGUUCAAACUUAGUUAUAAGCAUGUAUUGGAGCGUAACAUACAGCAUGGUGACUGUAACUAGUAAUACUUUAUUGCAUAUUGCAGGUUCCUAAAAGAAAAGAUCUUAAAAAUUCUGAUCACAAAAAAAAGUUUUUUGGUAACUUAUGUGAGUUGAUAUUAACUGAAAUUUGCCCAUUUCAUAAUAAACACAUUAUCAAGUCAUGCUGUACACCUUAAACUUCAGUAACGUUACAUAUCAAACUACAAGGGGGAAAGAUCUACAAAGGCGUUCUCUGGUUUAUUUCACUGUCGUGAAUGCAAUUGUGCAGGCAUAAUGCUAACAUCCCAAUGCUGCUUAAACAUAGUUACUCUCCUUGGACCCCUCUGAAAUGGGUGUGAACUUGGGGAUGAACAUCUGGCUGUUUUCCCUUAAA